AAUUCGUCAGGCGCGGCUGGCGCGUUCGGCCCACAGCCUUUAAACGCCCGCGGCAGCCGCCUCGGCCUGGAGACUCCGACUCGCGGCUGCUGGCCGGUCCCGACGGACUGAGCCGUUCUCCCGGGGCCGCGGCGCUGUGGCGAAUCGGCGGUGACGAAUCGAAGGCGGGGAGUCGGCGGCACCGGGAUCCCAGACGCAGCGGCGGCUCCGGAGCCCGGGGGUGGCGGGGCCAGGAUGGACCCUGAGCUGUCUGCCAUCCGCAUCUCCGUCCGAGAAGCCAUUCACACCCUGUCAUCUUCUGAGGAUGGGGCUCACAUCCUGUCCACCCUGGGUGCCCUGAAGCGGUAUCUGGGUGAGGCGGGCGACCCAGCCCUUGGCAGAGAGAAAGAAGAGUUUGCCACUAUACACUUCUCGGCUUUCCUCAGAUGUCUGUUCAGCAAGCUGAGCCCCAGCUGGUUGGAGCUGACCCCAGAUGGCCAGCUGGAGCAGAUCUGGGGAAGCUUCUUCCUGGAGGGCCCUGCUGACCAGGCCUUCCUGGUGAUCAUGGAGGCCAUCGAGGGCACUGCCGGCCCCAGCUUCCGUCUGAUGAAGAUGGCGCAGCUGCUGGCGAGGUUCCUCAGCGAGGGCAGGGUGGCAGCUCUGAUAGAAGAGCAGUGUCGGCCACAGACGAAGCCCAGCUUCCCGCUCCUUCAGGAGACCCUGCUCAACAGGGUGGUGGGCCUGCCUGACCUCCUGGGCAACCGCCUGCAGCGGGACAACCUGGCACCGUUCUUCCCCCAGAGCUACUUCCCUCUGCUGGGGGAGGAGGCGGCCCGGGCCCUGCGGGCUGUCGUGGACACCCUCCGAGAGGGCCAGGACUGUUCCGUCUCCUUCGUGUCUCGAGUCCUGGGGAAGGUCUGCAUGCAGGGCAGACAGAAGGAAAUCCUGGGUGUGCUGGUGCCCCGGCUGUCGGCGCUCACCCAGGACAGCUGUCUGUGGCAGCGGGUCUGCUGGCGCCUGGUGGAGCAGGUGCCUGAUCGGGCCAUGGAGGCUGUGUUGACUGGGCUCAUGGAGGCUGCACCGGGGCCUGAAGUCCUGUCUCGACUUCUGGGGAACCUAGUGGUGAAGAAUAAGAAGGCCCAGUUUGUGCUGACCCAGAAGCUUCUGUUCCUGCAGUACCGGCACACGACGCCCAUGCUGCAGAGCCUGCUGGGGUACCUGGCCGCGGACAGCCAGCGGCGGCCGCUCCUUGUCCAGGCCCUGAAGGAGCUGCUGGAGACGUGGGGCAGCGGCAGCGCCGUACAGCACGCGCCCCUGGCUCAGCAGCGCUACAUCAGCAUAGCCAUCCUCAUCUGCCUGGCACACCUCGGGGAGCCGGAGCUGCAGGACAGGCGGGACGAAUUGCUGGCCAGCAUGAUGGCGGGGGUGAAGUGCCACCUGGACAGCAGCCUGCCUGCCGUGCGCCGCCUGGGCAUGGUUGUGGCCGAAGCCCUCAGCUCCCGCACCCACCCUGAGGGGCCCGCCCUGAAGUUCCAGUAUGAAGACGACGAUGAGGUGAGCCGUGAGAUGUUGGCCUUGGCCACCCACCAGCCUCUGGGGGACGGCUCUGAGGCGAGAGACCCAUCCCUGGCUCCUCCGGCUGCAGAGACCCCUGCAGAGAUUGCUGGAGAUGGUGCCCAGUCCCCAGGUCUGCCACAGGGCUCCGGCUCGGAGCUGGACAGUGAUGAUGAGUUCGUCCCCUAUGACAUGUCACAGGACAAGGUGCUGAAGAGCAGCAAGGUGCCCCUGUAUGUUCGAGACUGUGUGGAAGUCCUGGCCGCAUCGGAGGACCCGGAGUGCUGGGAGGCUGCGUUGCAGGCCCUUGAGGGCCUGGUCCACAGGAGCCCUGAGGCCACUCGGGAGGUGAGUGUGGAGCUGGCCAGGGUGCUGCUGCACCUGGAGGACAGGACCUGCCUGGUGGGAUUCGAGAGACUGCGGCAAAGAGCCCUGGUGCUGGUCACGGUCACAGACCCCGCCCGGGUAGCAGAGUAUCUGACCUCACAAUUCUACGCUCUGAACUACAGCCUCCGGCAGCGCAUGGACAUCCUGGACGUCCUGGUUCUGGCAGCCCAGGAGCUGUCCCGGCCAGGGCGCCUCCAGAGGCCUGGCUGUUAUGGCUCCCCCUGUCCUGGCCCCCAGAGCUUGCCAGCAGUGGCCACCCCUCAGCCUGGCAGUGCUGCGGCUCCUGACUGGCGCGUGGUUGUGGAAGAGCGGAUCAGGAGCAAGACCCGGCGGUUCUCCAAGGGUUCUUCCCGGCAGAGGCUGCCAAGUGGCCCCAAUGACUUCAACUCUGUGGCCGGGUGCUUCUUCUUUCCCCUCAUUCAGCGCUUUGACCGGCCCCUGGUGACCUUUGACCUUUUGGGAGAUGACCAGUUGGUUCUUGGAAGACUAAUCCAUACCUUAGGGGCCUUGAUGUACCUGGCUGUGAACACCACGGUGGCUGCAUCCAUGGGGAAAGCCCUGCUGGAGUUCGUGUGGGCCCUUCGCUUCCACGUGGACACCUACGUGCGCCAGGGCUUGCUGUCGGCUGUGGCCUCCGUUCUCCUCAGUGUGCCGGCGGAGAGGCUGCUGGGAGACCUGCCGGAGGAGCUUCUGGAAGCCAGGUCCUGGCUGGCUGAUGUGGCUGAGAAGGACGUGGAUGAGGACUGCAGGAAGAUGGCGGUGAGGGCUCUGCUGCUUUUGGAAAGACUCAAAGACUCACUCCUCCCUGCUUCCUCCCCCUAGUCCUGCAGUGUUCCGCCUCGGGGAGCCUAGGGGG